ACAAUCCUGACGGCAAUGCUGGCUGUGGUAAUGUGCCGACUGGGGCGUUCCAGAAGUUGUGUCCAAGGAUUUGCAAGUUGUUGAAUGGGCAAAAUUUCGAGGCUAAAGCUGCUUUAUUGGGGGUUGUGACGAGUUUGGCGCAGGUUUGAACAACGUGGUUGUCAGAUUCUUUUUUUCUUUUCUUUUGUCAAGAUGUGUAACUAUUUUUUCUUUUUUCUGAAAAUAAUGCAGUUGAUGCGUAUUGUUCUGUGUCUGGUUUAUGAGAAGUUGAGGUUCUAAUGGUGUAAUUGGUGUUGCGUUUGGUGAUUUGAUUUAUAAUUUUUCUUUUUUUGGUUGCUUAGAAUUUGUAGAGAAACAGAUGGAGACUUGGAUUUUUAGCAUAUAUUUGAUGUGCGUAUGUGGUGACGUAUGUGGUGAAUGAUGAAUUUUAGGAUAUGAGUUUGUGGCAGGAUUAGUGAUGUGGUUGUUUAGUCUGUGGCUUAUAUUGGUUUUGGUAAUGUGGCUUAUAUUGGUUUUGCAUGGAGGUGACAAAUUCAUAUUUUUGAUUUAGAUAAUGGAGAGGAAAGAAAUAUAAAUUUGUUUUGUUAUUUAACUUCUAUUUGAUGAAGCAAUUUUUGCAAUCUGCAUUGUGUCAUAUUUCUGCUAAAUAUAGUUGAUAUCUGUGGUUUAUUUGGUUGAUAAAGUGAAGAAGAAGAAAAUAGCAUGAUUGGGUUGUGCUUGGAGUAUGGUGGUGUUGAUGGAGUUGAAGCUUCAUAUGGUUAUUGAUAACACAGAGAAUUUGGAAUAUUUCACUAUCGCUUCAUAUUUCUUUCUAGAAACUGACCCUCUAAGAUGAUCUUUUCUCUCAAAUCUCAUCUUCUUCCAUCUGCAAAACUCUCUUUCCCAUCUCUUUCAAUCUCCAUCUCACUGACUCCUUUUUACUUCUAUAUCUAAGGUCCAUCUCUGUGUCUCUGCACACUAAAAGUAUGAGCACACACACACCUAAAUCCCCGAAACCAGCUGGACAGACAAACCAUUUUUCAAUCCCAUCUUCCUCUGUAUCCCCUUCCCUUUCCUCUCACUUUGCUGAUGUUGCACUGAAGCAACAAAUUCUGCUUUCUCUUUCUAAGCUUGCUGAUCGAGACACUCACCAGCUUGCACUUCAAGACCUCCAAUCCAUUACCCAGUCCCUGUCCCCAAAUGCAGUACCCUUGCUUCUUAGCUCCCUUUAUAGUUUCUCAUCUGACCCCAUGAUCAAAGCCAUUGUAAAAAGGGAUUGUCUCCACUUACUCUCUCUAUGCUGUCAAAUUCGUUAUGACUUAAAAUUACCACGUUUGAACAAAAUCAUUGCCCACAUUGUUAAAGUGUUGAAAGAUUCUGAUCCAAGUGUUAGGAAUGCAUGUUCUGAUGUGGUUGGGGUUUUGUCGGGGUUAUAUUUGAAGGGAGGAGUAGGGGAGGGUAGAAUAGAGUUGUUUGUUAGGCCAUUUUUUGAGGCCAUGUGGAAGCAGAACAAAAGGGUGCAACUAGGUGCGACUAUGUGUUUGGCAAAGACAGUAAAGUGUGCUAUGGCUGAAAACCUGCCUGUGAGUGUAUUUCAGCAGUUGUGUCCUCGAGUUUGUAAAUUGUUAAAGAGGCAGAAUUUCCAUGCCAAAUCCGUGAUGUUGGGUGUCGUGGAACAUUUGUUGCAGGUGGGGGCAAUUGCACCGCAAGGGUUGGAACCAUUGCUGCAAAGUAUCCAUGACUGUCUUGCGAGUACAGACUGGGCAACACGUAAGGCUGCAGCUGAUGCUCUAAGUGCCAUAGCAUUGCAUUCAAGCAGCUUAAUUGCUGAUGAAGCUGCUAAUUCCACACUCACACUGCUUGAGGCUUCCCGAUUUGACAAGAUAAAGCCUGUCAGAGAUAGCAUGACAGAGGCAUUGCAAUUAUGGAAGAAGAUUGCAGGGAAGGCAGAAGACAGUGUCUUGGAUGAUCAAAAAACUUCCUCUCGCGAUGGUCAUCAUCCUGAACAAGCUGAGUUGUCAGAUAAGAAUCCAAAUCCUAGUGGCCAGAAAACAGAAUCAUUGGCAAGGGAUUCAUCCAGUGGUUCUUCCCCGACUAUGGAUUCUGUUUCAAAAAGUAAAGCUGGAAGCAUUCCUGAGAAAGCAGUUGUAAUAUUGAAGAAGAAAGCACCUGCUUUGACAGACAAAGACUUAAAUCCAGAAUUCUUCCAGAAACUUGAAAGGGGUUCUGGUGAUCUGCCUGUAGAAGUUGUUGUUCCUCGUAGAUGUAUCAAUUCCUCAAAUUUGAAAAAUGAGGAAGAACCAGUGCCAAAUGAUUCUGAAUCAAUGGGAAGGUCAAACCGCAUGGGAAAUAGCCACUCAAAUGAUGCCCAUGGAUCUUUCAAUUAUAAGAAUCGUGACAUUGAGAGAGGAAUUGCUGGAAAAGAUUCAAGAACUAGAGCAUUUGAUGAUGAUAGGCUUGAUGUAAAUAACAGGGAAUCAUCUGGUAGUCGUGCAGGUUUCUCUAAAUCUGAUGGCCAAUCUGAAGGAACCUUCAUGAGUAGUAAGGGAAAUUGGUUGGCUAUCCAGAGGCAGCUAUUGCAGUUGGAGAGACAACAGGCUCAUCUCAUGAAUAUGCUGCAGGAUUUUAUGGGUGGUUCUCAUGAUAGCAUGGUAACUUUGGAAAACAGAGUUAGGGGUCUUGAGAGAAUAGUUGAAGACAUGGCACGGGAUUUGUCAAUAUCAUCAGGCCGGAGAGGUGGUAAUUUUCCUAUAGGUUUUGAGGGAUCUUCUAAUAGGCCUUUAGGAAAGUAUAAUGGCUUCUCUGACUACUCCAGUGCCAAGUAUAAUGUGCGCGUUCCUUUUGGGGAAAGAUAUACUCAAUCUGAUGUUACUGCUUCAGGCAUGAGAGGAAGGGGGUCUCAUUGGAGAUCUGAUAUCUCUGAUGUUUGGGAUUUUCCAACUUAUGGAGCCUCCAAAAAUGGGCGGCACUCAAGAAGAGCUCCAAGUAGUGGUUCUCUGGAUGUUAGAUCACCCAAAUCAGAACAUGAAAGUGAUCAGGUUGGAAGCCGAAGAGCAUGGGAUAAAGGUACUGGACCUGUUAGGCUUGGUGAGGGGCCUUCUGCUCGAAGCGUAUGGCAAGCCUCUAAGGAUGAAGCUACCUUGGAAGCUAUUCGGGUUGCUGGGGAGGACAAUGGAUUAUCUCGGACUGCAAGAGUAGCCAUCCCUGAGCUGACGGCAGAAGCUCUGGAAGAUGAUAAUGUUGGGCAAGAGCGGGAUCCUAUUUGGACGUCUUGGAGUAAUGCAAUGGAUGCCCUUAAAAUGGGUGAUGUGGAUACAGCUUAUGCUGAAGUUGUAUCUACUGGGGACGAUUUCCUGCUUGUGAAGCUUAUGGACAGAUCAGGACCUGUGGUUGAUCAACUUUCAAAUGAGACAGCAUAUGAGGUCUUGCAUGCUGUUGCACAGUUUCUACUGGAGCAGAAUUUGUUUGACAUCUGUUUGUCUUGGAUCCAGCAGUUGGUAGAAAUAUUGUUGGAAAAUGGACAUGAUACCCUGGGCAUUCCUAUGGAAUUGAAGAAAGAGCUUCUACUGAAUUUACAUGAAGCUUCUACAGAAAUCGAUCCACCUGAAGACUGGGAAGGGGCAGCACCUGAUCAACUCUUGAUGCAGUUGGCAUCAGCCUUGGGAAUUGAACUGCAACAGUUUGACAAGUAGUCACUUGACUGCCUGUUGGUGUUAUUAUGAAUUUUGUACAAACCUUUUGACUGGGUGAUUAGGUUAAAAUACAUCUCAUUUUUACAGUUAAAAUGUAAAUGAACAGAAAAGUUUUAAACAAAUUUGCAAGCUUGAAUUGCGUGCAUUAA